AUGGAACGACUGCAAUGUCAUGUGCAGAACUAUGCGUGGGGAAAGAAAGGCUUGGACAGUGAGGUUGCACGUGUUUUUAAAGCCGGUCACGAGAAUGCCACUAUUGACAUGCAGAAAUCGUAUGCUGAGCUAUGGAUGGGAACACAUCCGGAUGGUCCAGCACGGCUGAAACGCAACAAUAUGAAGUUGUCGAAUUAUAUCACCGAGAGUGAGACAAGUGUCUACGAGAAGAGCACCAAAGACACACAUCUACCGUUUAUCAUGAAGUUGAUGAGCAUCGAUCGAACCCUAUCACUUCAAGCACAUCCGACUAAGGAGCAAGCGGCACGUCUGAACGAUCGUGAUCCAGUGCAUUACCCGGAUCGAAAUCACAAGCCGGAACUGGCCUAUGCACUCACAAAAUUCGAACUUCUCUGUGGAUUCAGACCAGCCACUGAAAUAGCCACCAACAUUGCAGAAUUCUCAGAAUUGGGUGAUUUGAUGGGAGAGGACACGUCGACAGCAUUCCGAGUGCUGGUGCAAGCCGGUGUCAGUGAACAGUGUGCAACCACGAAGGCUGCGUUGGCUGUGUGCUUCAAAAAACUGAUACAUGCACGAGAAGACACACAACACGUCAAGGCACUCAUCGAGAGUUUCUUGCUAAAACUUGAUUCUGGAGAAUGUAUUGAAUGUGUGGGUUGUUCGAAUAACACGAUCAGAGCAGCAUGCACACCGAAAUACAUUGACGUUGAGGGCCUAUGCGAAGUGUUGAACUAUCGAAUGGGUGACCCGUCAUACUAUCUGGUACCAGCCGUACAGUUGGAAGGAUUCGAACACGUUCAUGAAUAUGCACCGGACUGUAAAGACUUCACUUUACAUGAAAUUAAGAUCGAGUCGGCAAGUGACGAUUCACCAAUUCCAAUACCACGCUUGACUUGUGGCAGUAUAAUGGUGAUAGUUGAUGGGAGUGCUGAGUUGGAGAAUCUUUCCGAGCGUGGUAAACGCCGAGAGAAGAAUCGAUGUCGCGUAAAACGAGGCGAUAUCCUUUAUAUCGCACCAGGUGCUCAACCGUGCUUCUAUUUCCAAUCAGAACAACAAGAACAACGCAUUUGCGCCUAUCGAACAUUCAGCUACGAAGUGGGACCGGAUCAUUCGCAACGAAACACUUCAGCUGCAUUCGAGCAACCGGCUCUCAGCAAGGUGAAGGUGCAGAAGAAAGGACGUGCGAAAUAUUUGGUGACCGAUGAGGAUGCGGAUAUUUUCGAUGUUGAGACCGAAAUGGAUGGUGUUUGCUAA